AUGGGCCGUUUCCCUAACCUGACCGCGAUGAUCUUGAGCACUCCUGGUGGAUUCGACGCGGACGACAAUGCGCUAUCGGGGUUUCUCGCCCAGGUACCACAGCUGGCGCGUCUCUGCCUCGUCCAACCAAACGUAGGCAGCAAAUUCACCCUCUAUGCGCUGGUCAUUGCAGCGCAACACUCUGCCCUGCGGUAUCUAGAGCUCACGAUGGACGGCGGAACCGGGCCGCUCCCCGCGUUGGCUGAAUCCUCCCCUAGCUUUCCGAGCGUACUGAGAGAGCUAUAUGUUGGGCACACGCGCAUCAGGGACCCAGCGCCGAUGGCCAACUUUCUCCACACGCUGUUCCCGGCCCUGGACAAUAUCGAGCAUCAGUGGCUGGAUGAAAUCGAGGAGUACAACGUGGCGCCGGAUGAUAUAGCAGCUGCGCUUAACGCACAGUUCUUUGCGGGCCGUUGGGAUGAGGUCGCACAGCUAAUGGAGGACAUGUGGGAAGAACGGUCGGCCGAGGAAUCAGAUCAAUCGACCGAAUAG